UAAACCACUUUAUGGCCACAAAACAGGCUUGUGUUUUUGGCCAGCUGAGCAGUGCGUGGCCAUAAUAAAAAACCCAAAACUAAACUGGAAAACAAGUCGUCAUGGAAACCAUUUAGUUUUGUUGCCACAGCAAAAGCAGAAAAAUUUAAAAGAAACCCAAGUGCAACUGCAACACAAAGAUGUUUGUUUAUCUCAGCAAAAAGAUAGCCAUACCCAAUAAUGUUAAACUCAACUGCAUUGCCUGGAACAAAGAGGAGGGCUAUAUCGCAGUCGCCGGUACGGAUGGAUUACUUAAAGUGCUGAAAUUGGAUCAGGCUGCCCCCAAUGGCCAGAGUAAAGGUGGCCUGGCCGCCGUCUCCAAUCUGUCCAUGAACCAAACGCUCGACGGGCACAAAGAGUCGGUGCGGGUGGUCACCUGGAACGAUGCCCAGCAAAAGUUAACCUCCUCGGACACGGAUGGGGUGAUCAUGGUGUGGAUGCUGUACAAGGGAUCCUGGUACGAGGAGAUGACCAACGAUAGGAAGAAGUCCACGGUGGCCAGCAUGAGCUGGACCUCGGAUGGAUCUCGGAUCUGUAUUGUUUACGAGGAUGGAGCGAUUAUCGUGGGUUCUGUGGAUGGCAAUCGCAUCUUUGGCAAGGAGCUCAAGGGAACUCAUCUUACCGGAGUGCAGUGGAGUCCGGACAACCGACUCAUCCUCUUUGCUCUGGCCAACGGAGAGUGUCAUCUGUAUGAUAACCAAGGCAACUUUGCUAUGAAGCUGCAUAUCCAAUGCGUGAACAUAAGUGGUGGAUCCUCCUCCAGGGGUCAUCGCAUAGCCAGCAUCUGCUGGUUCAGUGGAAGAGUUCCACAGAGCCGAAAGCGACCCGUUUUGGCCAUUUGCUAUGAGAUUGGACGGGUGCAGAUCAUGAGAAAUGAAAAUGAUGAUGCCCCCACAAUCUUUGACACUGGAAUGCGCAAUGUGGACGCGAAGUGGAACCACGAUGGCACUGUGCUGGCUAUCUGUGGAACUACCUUGGACGCAGUGACACCUCCCCUGCAAAGGGAUUCCAACCAGGUGUGCUUCUACUCACCAAUGGGUCGGAUCUUUCGCACUCUAAAGGUUCCGGGCACCGACAUCACCUCACUUAGUUGGGAGGGGAAAUCUCUGCGUAUUGCCAUGGCCGUGGACUCGUUCAUCUAUUUCGCCAAUAUCCGACCGGAUUACAUCUGGUGUUAUUUCGAGAAGACUGUGGUGUUCUUAAAUAGCAACAGCGUCUCGAGGGAUUCGCCCAUGAGUGUGAUUACCUUCUGGAACACGGUCUCCAAUCAGAGUUUUCUCAAGGAAGUGGAGCCCACUUUGUGUUUGGCCUCCAGUAGUGAGCACUGCGUUUUGGGAGUGGAGUGUGUAAGUAGCAACACCAAGGAGAUUGCGCUGAGCACCCUGGAGAAUCGCAGUAACCCAGCGGAUGAUAGAGUUUAUCAAUUACUGCUGUGCAACUCCAUUGGGACCACUGUGGAUUCAAAGUACACCGACAUCAGACCCUGCUUUGUGGGCAUCAACUCAAGCUAUGUGGCUAUAGCAUCCCAGGAGGAGAUCCUCAUUUGGCAUUACCACACGCCCAAGAGUGCCUCCACUUUGCACAAUGUCAAGGCCCGCAAGGAGAAGCGUUUCCACAUUGAUGACACACCCACUGGAGUGGAGAUGGCCAAGGAUCUGAUGCUGAGUAGUAGCAGUGGCGAUGGUCAUUCCACACAGCGUGGAAUCAGUGAUCCCAUCUGUGCGCUGGCCCUCUCCGAAAAGCUGCUACUGGUUGCCAGGGAAUCGGGAGCCAUCAAUGAGUAUAGCAUUGUUAAUGUGGCGCUGAGAAACCGCCACCUGAUGAACUCCAAGGUCCACAAGAUGGCCAUCAAUUGCAAUUCCACCCGCGCUGCCAUCAUCGACCACAUGGGUGUGAUGACCCUCCUCGACUUGGACGACAACCGGGAAACGCAACUCAAUUUCAGUCGGGUUGAGCGCAAGGAUGUGUGGGCAGUGAGUUGGGCAAAGGACAAUCCACUUCUCCUGGCUCUGAUGGAGAAAACGCGCAUGUACAUCUUCAGGGGCAACGAUCCUGAGGAGCCAGUCUCCUGCUCUGGCUACAUAUGCACCUUUGAAGACCUGGAGAUCACCAGUGUGUUGCUGGACGACAUUAUUAGCGUGGGUGAGCUGCAGAACUCGUCGCAUCUUAUUCAGCUGAGGGUGAAGUCGCUGCGGGAUACCGAUGACCUGCUGGAACAUGUGGGAUUGGAGGAUGCCAAGCAAUUCAUCGAGGAUAAUCCGCAUCCGAGACUGUGGCGACUGUUGGCCGAGUCUGCGUUGAAGAAACUCGAACUGGAGACGGCGGAGAAUGCCUUUGUGCGUUGUGCCCACUAUCCCGGCAUUAAGUUGGUCAAGAGACUACGCACCAUUCACUCAAGUGAUCUGCAACGGGCAGAGAUUUCAGCCUUCUACGGAGAGUUUGAGGAGGCGGAAAAGCUCUACCUGGAUGCAGAUCGUCGGGAUCUGGCCAUAGAGUUGAGAAUGACCCUUUGCGAUUGGUUUCGGGUGGUCCAGCUGUACAGAAUGGGAGGAUCCGGCGUGUCGGACCAACAGAUGGAGAUUGCCUGGCGAGAGAUUGGUCACCACUUUGCCAAUCUUCGCUCCUGGGAGAGCGCCAGGGAGUACUACGAAAAGUCUCACUAUCUGGAGGGCUACAUGGAGGCACUUUACCAUUUAGAACUUUUUGACGACCUGGAGAAGUGUGUGGAACGGUUGCCGGAGAAGAGUCCCCUGCUGCCGAAGCUGGCCGACAUGCUGGCCUCCGUGGGCAUGUGCUCCGAGGCGGUGCAAGCUCAUCUACGCUUUGGUGACCAGAAGGCCGCCGUCUCCACCUGCGUGAAUCUUCGGCAAUGGGGCGAGGCUGUGGAACUGGCCCAGAGAUUCCAGCUGCCCCAGGUUCAAACUCUAAUAGCCAAGCAUGCUGCCCAGUUGCUGCAAGAGGGACGCCUCAAGGAGGCCAUUGAGAUGCAGCGGAACGCUGGCCGCCACCUGGAUGCAGCUAGUCUGCUCUCCCAAAUGGCUGAACGGGAGCAGGAAAAACGAGCUCCCCUGUUGAGGAUCAAGAAACUGUAUGUUCUGGCUGCUCUGCUGGCGGAGGAGCAUCUCAAGGCGGUGGCCACUCCAGAGAUUGACUACGCCAGUGGCAGGACCACCCUGCUGGACUCCAUUUCCUUGGAGGAUGCGGCUGCCAUUGAAAAAUUGUGGCACUGUGCCGAAGCCUAUCACUUUAUGCUUCUGGCCCAAAGGCAACUACGCUUUGGCAUUAUCCACAGUGCGGUGAUCACAGCAGUGAGACUGCGGGAUUACGAGGACGUACUGCCUCCGGAGCACAUAUACAGCCUAUUGGCCUUGGCCAGCUGUGCGGAUAGGGCAUUUGGCACCUGCUCCCAGGCCUUCAUGAAGCUGGAGCAACUGGGUCAUCUGCCGGAGACGACUCUACAGAGGUAUGAGGAGCUGGCCGCAGGGAUCUUUGCCAAGUACGAUCCGGAGGAUAUCGCUGGCGAGCGGGUGGAUUGCUACUCAUGCGGAGUGCCAGUGCCAGACAGCUCCCCCUCCUGCCCAGAAUGUAAUGCUCGUUUUCCCGCCUGCAUCUCAUCCGGAAAACCGAUCACCCAGCCCACGAACAACAUAUGGAUAUGCACCACCUGCCACCAUUGUGCUGCACCCACUGAGAUCUCAAGGCAUCGCACCUGCCCACUGUGCCACAGUCUGAUUGUGUCCAUGACAGUGGAGAUUUAAAAUAACUGUAGAGCGGCUUAAGUAAAAUAUGGAAACAUAAGAAUACGAGUAUCCGAUCAGGCUAAGGUCUCAAUAAAUAAAUUAUGUUUGUAUAAAAGUA